GCAUUCAUCUACGCCCUUAUCAACUAGAGGGAGUCAACUGGCUAGCUCAGUGCUUCCACUGCCAAAAUGGCUGCAUCCUGGGAGAUGAGAUGGGCCUGGGUAAGACCUGCCAGACUAUUGCUUUCUUCAUCUACUUGGUGGGAAGAUUGAAUGAUGAAGGGCCGUUUCUGAUUCUCUGCCCCUUGUCUGUUUUGAGCAACUGGAAAGAGGAGUUGGAGAGAUUUGCUCCAGGUCUUUCCUGUGUCACAUACACAGGUGAUAAGGAGGAAAGAGCCUGCCUGCAGCAAGACCUAAAACAGGAGUCUGGUUUUCAUGUGCUGCUAACUACCUAUGAGAUUUGCUUGAAAGAUGCCUCAUUUCUAAAAUCCUUCUCUUGGAGUGUUCUUGCUGUGGAUGAAGCUCACAGGUUGAAAAACCAAAACUCCCUGCUGCACAGGACACUUUCAGAGUUCUCAGUGGUCUUCUGCCUCCUGCUCACUGGAACUCCCAUCCAGAACAGCCUCCGGGAGCUCUACGCGCUCCUCAGUGUUGUGGAGCCUGAUGUCUUCAACAAGGAGCAGGUGGAAGAUUUUGUUCAACGUUACCAGGCUAUUGAGAAAGAAUCCAAAUCAGCAAGUGAACUACAUAGACUGUUGCAGCCAUUUCUCCUGAGGCGAGUGAAAGCCGAGGUGGCCACGGAGCUUCCCAAGAAGACAGAAGUAGUAAUGUACCAUGGCAUGUCAGCAUUGCAGAAAAAAUACUACAAGGCCAUUUUGAUGAAAGACCUGGAUGCAUUUGAAAAUGAGAUAGCAAAAAAAGUCAAGCUUCAGAACAUCUUAACCCAGCUUCGGAAGUGUGUGGAUCACCCGUAUUUGUUUGAUGGUGUGGAACCAGAGCCUUUUGAAGUUGGAGACCACCUGAUUGAGGCUAGUGGGAAGCUUCACCUGCUGGACAAGCUGCUGGCAUUUCUGUAUUCGAGAGGCCAUCGGGUUUUACUUUUCUCCCAAAUGACCCAGAUGUUGGAUAUUCUCCAAGACUACAUGGACUACAGAGGCUACAGCUAUGAGCGUGUGGAUGGCUCUGUGAGAGGAGAAGAGAGGCAUCUGGCCAUUAAGAACUUUGGACAGCAGCCCAUUUUUGUUUUCCUGCUGAGCACCAGGGCAGGUCUGUUAAAGUCAUUCGACUGAUCGGCCGAGAUACUGUGGAAGAAAUUGUGUAUAGGAGAGCAGCCUCAAAACUGCAGCUCACCAACAUGGUCAUUGAAGGAGGCCAUUUCACUCUAGGAGCCCAGAAACCUUCAGCUGAGGCUGACCUCCAGUUAAGAGAGAUACUCAAAUUUGGCUUGGAUAAGCUGCUGUCUUCUGAGGGGAGCACCAUGGGUGAAAUAGACCUGGAGUUCAUCCUGGGAGAAACCAAAGAUGGCCAGUGGGCCUCUGAUGCAUUGCCUGCAGCAGGAGGAGCAAGCAGAGAGCAGGAGGAAGGAAAAAACCAUAUGUACGUAUUUGAAGGUAAAGAUUAUUCUAAAGAGCCUAGUAAGGAAGACAGGAAGUCAUUUGAACAACUGGUGAAUCUUCAGAAAACUCUUCUUGAGAAAACAAGUCAAGAGGGCCGGUCACUGAGGAAUAAAGGCAGUGUUCUCAUCCCAGGCCUGGCAGAAGGGCCCAUCAAAAGGAAGCGGAUCCUGAGCCCAGAAGAACUGGAGGACAGACGGAAGAGAAGACAAGAAGCAGUGGCCAAGAGGAAGAGACGAAUGGAGGAGGAGAAGAAGGAGAAGAAAGAGGCCGAGCACAGGAAAAAGAUGGCCUGGUGGGAGUCCAACAAUUACCAUUCCUUCUGCCUGCCCUCGGAGGACAGUGAGCCUGAGGACCUUGAGGAUGGGGAAGAUGAGUGUACGUCCGAACUGGAUUAUGAAGACCUAGACUCAACCUCCAUCAACUAUGUUAGUGGUGACGUCACCCACCCGCAGGCUGGGGCGGAAGAUGCUCUCAUUGUGCACUGUGUAGAUGAUUCUGGCCGCUGGGGCAGAGGUGGUUUAUUCACAGCUCUGGAGGCACGAUCAGCUGAGCCAAGAAAAAUAUACGAGCUGGCUGGGAAAAUGAAAGACUUGAGUUUGGGAGAUGUCCUUUUAUUUCCUGUUGAUGAUAAAGAGUCAAGAGACAAGGGGCAAGAUUUGUUGGCCCUGGUUGUGGCACAGCACCGUGACCGCUCCAAUGUCCUGUCUGGCAUUAAAAUGGUAGCCCUGGAGGAGGGCCUGAAGAAGAUAUUUUUAGCAGCAAAGAAAAAAAAAGCAAGUGUUCAUCUGCCACGCAUCGGACACGCCACAAAGGGUUUUAACUGGUAUGGAACUGAACGACUCAUUCGAAAACAUUUGGCUGCAAGAGGCAUCCCAACUUAUAUAUACUACUUUCCUAGAAGCAAGGCUGCUAUCCGCCAUUCACAGUCCACAUCUGCCUCCUCAGUGCAGCUGGUUCCUUGACAACUGGCCCAGCAUCAGAUUUAGUCAAGCAACCCAUCAGGAAGAUUCUUGACCUGAGAGGGACAGUCAGAGUAUUCAGGAAGCAAGGCUACAUCUUCUGCCCUGUUCUUUACUUUGAGACCUCUGGCAUAGUCUGUUCUCUGAAUUCUGAUUUUCUUCCCCUGGAAAUGUUACUAUGAUCUGGUACCUGUAAUACAGGAAUACACAGCUUAUUUGAGAAAGCCCUUUGGCUUCAUUUUGCGUAACUUUUUGUAUAAUAAUAAAUUUUCCAUCACGAA